AUGAUAAAAUGGAGUACUCAUUUAUACGUGCAGUUUAUACACAAAAUUUAAUUAAGUGAAUUCAUGUAUAUAAUCGUUGAUAAGUGUAACUAAUAAGUAAAAUAUCUCUAAUACAAAUGUGAUUAUCAAUGUAGUAUAGUUAAAUCCGGCGGAUACGUAGUGGAAAGUGCAUUUUUCGUCGGUGUCAAAGAGGAAUAGAGCGAACGGAACAGAGGCCGACGGUGUCCAUGCGAUGCUGUGGUGAGAUGAAAAGCAAAGAGACGCUAUGUGCCGCUUAAAGCGAUGGACACAUACGACUUGUUCGGGGAAGAUGGAUCUGGAAUGUUGGAAGGUCUGCCCGAAUUGGGCACUGAUCACUUCGACCCUGCGGUGACGGGAGCACGAAAUGCAACAUCGGCCUAUACCCAGCCCACCUACUCGCAAGAGACGCCUCUUCAAAAAUUGGCUUCCUUUGGUGGUACAGACUUUAAUCACAUGGACCCUAACGCGCAAAGUAUGUACGCUCAGGGAUACGGCACAGACAGACCGAUGGGACCUCCGGGAGGUGCCUAUCCCCAUCAGAGACAAAUGGCGAGACCACCGGCGCCCCCACAAGCAGCAACAGGAGCUCAGUAUCCGUACCAAACGGACAGCAUGUACUCGAUGCCAGAUCAUCAGCUAGGAAAUAUGGAUGCGACCAACAUGCAACAGUGGGGUCAACACGCGGCCGCCGGCUAUCCGAUGCACCGAUACGGCCAAAUGAGCGGGUACAGACAGCAACCCAUGCCUGCAUACGGUCACCAGCAGGAACCCAAGCAACAGUUUCCACCCGCGCAACACCCAAUGAUGCAACAACCGCACCAAGGCGGUUACCAAAUACAACAAAGACAUGCACCGCAUUAUCCUCAAGCGGGUGCAGGUUAUCCGACUGCAGCAACAGGGCAAGGAUACAGCAGUUACAUGCAUCAGCGCUUACCCCAUCAUCAUCAGUAUGGCCACCAGUUGGAUAUGGACGUCCCAACACCACCUCAGUACAGCCAAAUGAGCCAUGCUCAAACACUCGCUGGUCACCCAUCUUCUCACAACGUACCAACGUCGGGGCACAUGCCACAACCUCCCCAUCCAGGACACGGUCCCACGCAAGGUCACCCAAGUGCUCAGCAGUUAGCUGCCCAGAAUCCGAUGGUUCAUCCUACUUCCAUGAGCUACAGUCAGACGCAUCAGACUAUGCAGUCCAUGCAAAGGCCUCUGGAUGUUCAGCCACCUCCUCAACAGUUCUCGUCGAAACAUUCUGCUAGCACGUUAGGAAAUGCAAGUCCGCAAUAUCGGGCGCCUUUCCCACAAUUAUCUCCUCAAACUCAAAUGUCACCUAGACCACAAAUGUCACCGAGACCACCUGCGCCACAGAUGUCUCCGAGGCCUGUGAUGUCGCCGGCGAAGCCUAACAUGUCUCCUCAUCCCCAAAUGCAGCAGACGACGCUUAGUCCUCGGCCAGCAACAAGCCUCACUCCAAAAACAACAACAGCUUCUCCUGCUCCCAUUCCGGCAUACUCUCAGCAAAGUACACUGCAAGCCUUGGAGCAGAUGGUUAUGCCACCAUCAAGUACAAAUACCACCGAAUACCCCACUUAUCAGCAACAAAGAAACACUCUUGGGCCACCCCAAACACCUCAAAAUCCUUUGUCACCUGCGAUGAGUAUCAGAAAUCAAAUGGCUGACCAACAGUGGUCCCCGCAUCCUCCUAGACAAACGUCACAUGUCCCCAACAUAAACGGUCCACCUUUGGGAGUUAUGGACCAGGGUCAAAUACCGACAAGUCAAAGUAUACCUUCGACUCAAACGUUGCCUCCUUCGACGAAUUUAUCAAAUACUAGUGUCCCUACUGAUUCCAGUAUGACCGCAAAUUUUGGCAGUAAAGAUUUACGUAAUGAAAUCAGUAAACCGCCUAUAUCAAUGCCUCCCGAAAUGCCUACGUCUCAGGUGCGCGAUCCGACGCCUCAAAACGUAACGGUUAGCUCACAGAACGACUUCAGUUCAGUGCAAUCGCCUACGACUAGUUUACCUGAUAAAUUUCCAAGUAGCACUACGAAUACUGAUUUAAAUUUACCGACUUCUGGGAGUAACACGAUUUCAUCGCAUCCCCCAACUCCGACACCUUCAUCGACUACAGAUGAUAACGUAACUAAUACGCAAGACAUAAGUCUUCCCUCUAACGACUGCAAUAAAACUCAUGAUGAAAUAUCUAACACAAACUCAACGUCUCAACAACCCUCUCAAAGUCAAACCAAUACAACGAACAGUUUCACAGAUUUCAAUUGUGUAUCUAGUAUGUCGGGCUAUCCAAGUGAACCAACGCCGCCGAAAGCUAGCAAAAUGGAUGAUUUGGUUCAAUCAAACGUGCCAAUGUUCAGUCAAGAUAAUUCUGUAUCUCAAGAUUCCUUGCCGGAAGUAAACAAAGAUCUCGGAUCUGUUAGUUUACAAACGUCGCCAAUACAGACUUCUAUAAGUUUACCGACGUCUUCUGUGCAAACGAAUGUUAGUCAGUCGCAACAAACACAUCUACAAACAGUUGGUGCUACAAGUCAGCCGCAAGCUACUCCAGUGGUUCCUAUACAAGUAGCGAACAAUUCAAUGCCAUCGGUACCAAUGAUGUCUAACCCGCCGCAACAGCAGCCGCCACCAGCACAACAGCCGCCGCCGCCAUCACAACCACCUCAGCAGCAGCAACCUUCACAACUUCCCACUUUGCAAAAUCAGGGACCACCACCACCUCCUAUGCAAAAUCAAACCAAUAUGUCCAACGUACCAAUUCCCACGAGUAAUAUGACUGGAAUACCACAAGGAAAUAUGCAGAAUGUUUCCUCUAAUCAAAUUCCUCCGGUGCCAUCUCACGGACAGAUGCCACCAGUUCCUCAGCAUGCUCAAAGUGGAAAUAUGCCACCACAUACUACUAUUACAAAUUUGACUCCUAGUAAUCAGACUGCUGUGAUGUACGACCAAAAUGCGGGCAUAUUAGGACCUAACGGAAUGCCCAUGGGUGCACCUAGAGGAAUGGGUCCGGGAAUGCCUCACGGUAUGCCUCCCAUGGGUCAUCCUGGCAUGACCAUAAAUAUGGGUCAUCCUAUGAUGUCCAACAUGAACGCCGGUCAUGGCAUGAUGCCGCCAGGGCCCGAGAUGGGAUACCAGCCUCCAAUUAGUCACCACCAGGAGAGAGCUGCUCUACAGCAACAGCUCCAAGAAUUGUAUUGUAUGCCACCUGCUCCUGAACAUCAAGAAAAAAUCGCACACUUACAAGAGAGGCUAAACAUUCUUAGUCAACACGAAGCUACUGAGCAGUGUAACGGAGGUCCUCAAUGCGUUUUACAAAGUCCGCUCUUUACAUCUCCAAUGAUCGAUAGUCCUCAAGUUUCAAGUACGACCGGAAGAGGUCGGGGUAAAGGUGCACAACGUGCUAAAAAGCCAAGACAAAAGAAAGGAGAAAAGGCGGUGUCACCUGUUCAUAUGUCACAGAGUAUGAAUAUGAUGAUGCCAGCUCAACAACUUCCAGUGUCUGAAGAUUGUGUAACACCUGGCGCUGGGUUAAAUAUCCCGUCCAGUGAAAUGUCAGAGAUAACUGAGUUAUCUGUGGAUCCAGUUACGGGUGAAUUCGAUGAUAAGAAAAAACUUAAAACUCCGAGGAAACCAAGAGAACCGAAGAAACCAAAGGAACCUAAAAUGCCCAAAGAAGCAAAAGCUCCAAAGUCUCCAAAAGAGAAAACGAAAGAAAGAAAAAAACGCGAACCAAAAGAUCCAAAAGUUAAAAGAAAAUAUGUACGAAAAAAGAAAUUGGACGGUUCAGAAGAAAGUGCAACCGACGAAUCUUUCAAUAAAGGUUAUGACAAUGAACAUCAAAUGAUUUCUUCUGAAGUAUCGACGGAAGAACAUGGGGAUGAUUCGAACACACCCGAUUCUGGCGACGUUACGGAGUCUGUUACUCUUAAUCUUCACUCGGAAGAAAUACAAGCAGAUUCGUCACAACCUUCCGACAUCUUGCAUCUUGAUGGCGUGGAAGUAGAAAUUAAAAAAGACGAAUAUACUUUUGAAGAUCAACCUACUAGCCCACAAGAGUUGGGCGAGAUACCUAGAAAACAUAGGAAAACUAAACCUGGUGCCAAGAAAGUAAUAUCGACUAAAGCAAAAAGCAAAGCAGGUCUCGCAAAAGGACGAAAACGGAAGGGAAUGGUUCAAGAAUCAGAUGGAGAAGGUGAAGAUCUAGUGAGCACUCCACCUCCGUCACCACCAGAGGAUCCCGAAAACGCAAUUCAUAAAAGACGAUCUGCGAGGAAUACUCAACGAAAGAAGUAUAUCGAUGACGUCAUGUUGCGGUUUUCGGACGAUGAAUCUCCAGUUGUGCCCAAUAAAAAUAAAAAAGGAGGAAUACCAUCAACUCCACCUGUGCCUUUGUCUGCUGGCACACCAGGUGUUCAGGGCGAAGAUAAUUCUGGUGAUGGCAGUAAUAAAAUGAACUUCGUUUAUGUUAAUACUACGGACGAAGAUUCUAUGGUUGUACAACACAUAUUAUCGUCUAGAAUUACGAAGAAACCUAGAAAAAUCGAACUGCCAUCUGAAGAAAAAAUUGAAGAAGAUAAAACAAUCGAGGAAGAAAAGAGUGAAGAAGUUGAUAUCGAAGGAAAAGAAGACGAAGAAGUGGACAAACCCCCACCCGAACCAAAACUUGAAGGUGAACAGCAAGAAGGUGAAGAAUCUGAGUUAGUCGAUGUGGAGGAAUACUACGUAAAAUAUCGUAAUUUUUCCUACUUGCACUGUGAAUGGAAGACUGAAGAAGAGUUAUACAAAGGAGAUAAAAGGAUUGCGAAUAAAAUUAAACGAUUCAAGCAAAAACAAGCACAAAAUGUUAACAUAUUCGAAAAUUUAGAAGACGAACCCUUCAAUCCGGAUUACGUGGAAGUCGACAGAGUAUUAGAUGUUGCCGAACAUACAGAUCCGACCACUCAAGAAGUAAUCAAACACUAUCUUGUAAAAUGGCGAGCUUUGCAGUAUGAAGAUUGUACUUGGGAGUUGGAAGAAGAUGUCGAUCCAAUAAAAAUUGAACAAUUUAAAAAGUUCCGACAAAUGCCACCCAAAGAUAAAUGGAAACCAAAGAAACGACCUAGUCCUGAUUCCUGGAUGAAACUCGAAAAAUCCCCAAUUUACAAAGGUGGAAACAGUCUUAGGGAGUAUCAAUUAGAAGGGUUAAAUUGGCUGUUGUUUUCGUGGUACAACGGAAGGAAUUGUAUUCUAGCUGACGAAAUGGGUUUGGGUAAAACUAUCCAGAGUUUAACGUUUUUGAAUGCAAUUUGGGAGUACGGCAUUAGAGGACCAUUCUUAGUUAUUGCACCUUUGUCGACGAUACCAAACUGGCAGAGAGAAAUUGAAAGUUGGACUGAUAUGAACGUCAUAGUAUAUCAUGGCUCUGCAGCAAGCAGAAACAUGAUACAAGAAUACGAAAUGUAUUUUAAAAAUGAUAAAGGCCAUCCUAUUAAAGACAUAACGAAGUUCAAUAUUUUAAUCACGACUUUUGAAAUAAUAGUUACAGAUUUCGCCGACUUAAAGGGUUUUAAUUGGAGAAUAUGUGUCAUAGACGAAGCGCAUAGGUUAAAAAAUCGCAAUUGUAAAUUGUUGGAAGGUCUCAGGCAGCUGUCAUUGGAACAUCGAGUGCUUUUAUCAGGAACACCAUUACAAAAUAACGUCAACGAACUGUUCUCGCUUCUUAAUUUCCUCGAACCACAACAGUUCCCUAGUUCCGAUUUAUUUUUACAAGAAUUUGGAGCACUGAAGUCGGAACAAGAAGUCCAAAAAUUACAACUAAUUCUAAAACCAAUGAUGCUAAGAAGAUUGAAAGAAGAUGUAGAAAAGUCGUUAGCACCCAAAGAAGAAACAGUCGUUGAGGUUGAACUAACAAAUAUUCAGAAGAAGUAUUAUCGAGGAAUUCUAGAAAAGAACUUUUCAUUUCUGUCGAAAGGUACUACACACGCUAACAUACCUAACUUAAUGAACACCAUGAUGGAGUUAAGAAAAUGUUGCAUACAUCCGUAUUUGUUGAAUGGUGCAGAAGAUCAGAUCCAAUAUGAUUACAAGAUGGCACAAGGAGAAGACCCUGAUGCGUACUACAAAGCGUUGAUCAACUCUAGCGGUAAAAUGGUUUUGAUCGAUAAGUUACUACCAAAACUGAAAGCGAAUGGUCAUAGAGUUUUGAUCUUCAGUCAGAUGGUACGUUGUUUAGAUAUAUUGGAAGAUUACCUCAUGUUUAGGAAAUACCCGUUUGAACGAAUAGAUGGUAGAAUAAGAGGUAAUUUGCGACAAGCUGCAAUUGAUAGAUUUUCUCGACCAGACUCAGACCGCUUUGUUUUUUUGCUGUGCACUAAAGCAGGGGGUUUAGGCAUUAAUUUGACAGCAGCGGAUACAGUAAUUAUUUACGACAGCGAUUGGAACCCCCAAAAUGAUUUGCAGGCACAAGCAAGAUGUCAUAGAAUCGGCCAACAAAAGAUGGUCAAGAUCUACCGCCUAUUAUGUCGUAACACGUACGAAAGAGAGAUGUUUGACAAAGCAUCUCUAAAGCUAGGUUUGGACAAGGCUAUUUUGCAGAGUAUGAAUACAUCUCAAGGAGGUAAAGACUCUGGAACGAAACAACUUAGCAAAAAGGAAAUUGAAGACCUCCUAAAGAAAGGUGCUUACGGAGCAUUACUCGAUGAAGAAAAUGACGGUGAUAAAUUCUGCGAAGAAGAUAUCGAUGUCAUUUUGGCUCGACGAACUCAAGUCAUUACUAUGGAGUCGGAAAAAGGUUCAACGUUUUCGAAAGCUAGUUUUGCCUCUAGUGCUAACCGCUCCGAUAUUAAUAUCGAUGAUCCUGAUUUCUGGAACAAGUGGGCGAAGAAAGCCGACAUCGAUACUACUGAAAAGGAUGAAACAGAAGAUCUUGUCAUUUCAGAACCUCGAAGACGAACUCAAAUCAAACGAUACGGCCACGACGAGAGCGCCAUCGAUAUGUCUGAACUUGAAAGUUCGUCUGAUUCUGACUUGGAUAAUGAAGGUUUGAGUUUGGGUAUACGUAGUCGUCGAAGUAAACUAAAGAAAAAACGUUUGAGAGGUGACGAUUAUAUUCCACGAGAGGGUGAAAGGGGUGAUAUUGUAUACGGUAGUUGGGCAAGGAGGGAAUGUUUCAUGGUAGAAAGGGGUCUUCUAACCUUCGGAUGGGGGAGGUGGCAAGAGAUUUUACAACACUCGCAAUUACGGAAAGGUUGGAGGGAACAGGACGUAGAGGACUGUGCUCGAGUUAUUUUGCUUUAUUGUCUCCGAUUCUACAGAGGGGAUGAAAAGAUUCGUAGUUUCAUCUGGGAUUUGAUUGCGCCGUCGGAAAACGGAGAGCAGAAAAUCUCGAGGAAUCAUCACGGACUGAAGGAUCCCGUUCCCAGAGGAAUAAGGAACAAAAAUAAGAAGAAAGGGAAAGAUAACCGACAUGCGGCACUUACUGAUCCUAAUCAUUGGAGCAAAAGCGAAAAAUAUGAUGGGGAUAUAUUCUUGGAAAGUAAUUACAAGAAACACCUAGGCAGACAUGCUAACAAGGUUCUUUUACGCGUUCGAAUGUUGUACUACAUCAAGCACGAAAUAAUCGGCGAUCUCGUUCAACACAUCGCAGAUGGAGUUCAUGCAAGUGCCUUGCCGAUAAACCCUCCCGUAACGGAGCAAUUGCCUAGCGAGUGGUGGGAUACGGAAUGUGACAAGUCUCUGCUCGUGGGCACUUGGAAGCACGGCUAUGAAAACUAUAUGGCGAUGCGUGCAGACCCCACCCUCUGUUUCCUGUCCCGCUGCGGCCCGCCCUCAGAUCGAGAGCUCCAGAUGGCAACCUCUAACACGCAACCCAAUACGCCCGCACUUAACGAUGACGACUUAGACGACGAAGAUACGAACGAAGAAUCAAGUCUAAAGUCAAAAAAUCGCGAUGCAUCUGAAGCGAAUUCCGAGGUUGCUGAACCUUCUCCAGGUCCAUCAGCAUCUUCGGAAACACAACAACCUGACGGCGAUGAUCGUGAUGAAGGUUUGGACGAUAAACCAGCAUGGCCUACGAUUACAGAUCUCAACACAAGACUGAGAAGAGUGAUCACUUCAUAUCAGAGAAAUUACAGAAAAGAGGAACAAAAGCUCGCUGCAGCUAAAGCGAAGCCCUCGAUAGAGCCUGCCCUGUCCUCCCCCUUGGCUGCCCUGGCUCAAGUGUCACAACAGUUUGACGUGAGGGAAGCGGCCGCACUUGGUUUGCAAGGAUGGGAUCUACAACAGCUAGCCCUCUACCUGCUGAUGGAGAGACAAGGCAAACAAGCGAUGGAACAAGCUCUAAGAGAGCGUGAGAGAGAACGUGAACGUGCCACUAUUGCUAAAAGGUGGACGAAGCGAGAGGAAGCAGAUUUCUUCCGAGUCGCCGCAUCAUACGGCGUCAUAUACUAUAGAAAGAAGAAAUCUUACGACUGGACUAAAUUUAAACAGUUAGCCCGCCUAGAGAAAAAGGGCGAUGAAGAGCUAACAGAGUAUUACAAACAUUUCGUGAUGAUGUGCAAAAAGCAAACUGGCAUUCAUUCUGAGGAUGGGUCAUACGAUACCAGCAUAGAACAUAUCAGUGAAGAAAAGGCGAGGCGUACAUUGGAAAGGCUAGAACUAUUAUCUAGAAUUCGUGAGGAAGUCCUAACACACCCAAAACUGGACGAGAGAUUGAAAGUUUGUCUGACGUCAGCUGACAUGCCAGAUUGGUGGAUAGCGGGAAAACAUGACAAAGAUCUUCUUUUAGGUGUUGCCAAGCAUGGACUUGGACGAACGGAUUACUAUUUAUUAAAUGACCCGGAUUUGUCGUUCCAAGAAAUCCUUCGAAAAAAGGUAAAUUCAGAGAAUUUAGCUGCAGAAACCAAAGACGCCAUUAAACUUGAGAGCCACGAAGACAUUCUCAAGUUUGAUAAAGACGAGAUCCUUGUCAAACUCGAGAAGGGUGAAGGUACUUUAAAAAUAGAAAAAGUAGCCGUCAAAAAAGAAAGCACUGAAGAAAAGGAUAAGAAAGUUGAGGAGAAUAGCAAAGUAGAAUUAACGAUAGUGAAAAGUGAGAAGACCGAAAAUGAAGAAAAAGUCAAACCGGAAGAGAAACCGAAAGUCGAACCUGAGGAAAUUAUCAACGAGAAGAAAGAAGAUAUUGUUGAGGAACAACCGGACUCUUCUGAAAACAAAACUAUUGAAACGGAAAACACAGAAGAACAAGUAGAACCUAGUGAAGAAGUAGAGACUCCAAAAACAGAGACCAAUGAUCAGCAAGAAAAAGAGGCCACCGUUCCUGAAAAAACUGAAGAGAAACCUCCUCCAGAAACGAAAAAAGCUGAAGAAACGUCUACAAACGAAGUUAAAGAAAAAGUUGAAGUCAAACCACCUAAAACUCAGUUCGAGGAUGAAUCUGAUCUAUGUUCGAAACAAGCCGCUGAACUGAAGGCCAUGUUUCCUGAUUUGGAAGUAAUCCAACCGUUAUCACGGCUAUCCCAAGUAGAUACUUUCGUUUUGCGAGAUAAACAAGGUACUGGUGCUUUGGACUUCAGCGAAACUACAGUUGCACAACUCUUUAACAAUGCAGUAAAGUGGCCAAAAGAGUAUGCAAUCCAAGUUAGACUUCAACAUAUUAUUUAUGCCAUCGAGACGAAAGAAUGGCCUGCCACAAAGAGUUUCUCUGCAUAUGCUACUGGUAUCGGUAACGAAUUCGAUAUUCCAGUUCACGAACUGCCAAACGAUCCUCCGAAACGUGAUUCUUCAACCCCAAUGUCUAUAGGCGAUGCAGAGUUGAUGUCGAUCAGCGAUAGAACUAAUUACAAUAGAAAACGUAAAAGACACAUAGCCAUUGACGUAGAGACAGAGCGAGCAAAAUUGCAUGCAUUGUUGAACAGUAGUCAUAUGACUAAUCCCAAACAUGGGUUAUCUUCAUGGGAUGAAGACUCAGAAGAUUCGCGAAGGUCAACACCAGUACAAUCCAAUUUGCAACCCCCACCAGCUCAUCAACAAACUAGUUCAAGACUACUGGGCAUGUCUUACGAAAAGUACCAUUCCCCCAAAACCAUCGGACAAACGACGGUUAUUCCUGGGACCAGUAGUACCUUGACACCAAUUGACUUAAGUUCAAGUAUAACAAAGUCGACUGAUAAGAAUGUGGAUCUCCAAAAUGAAGUUCAAGACUUUUCGAUGCCUUCAAAGAAACAAGCCGCUUUAGGUGGUGGAGGAAAAUCAGGAAAUAAACUAGACGACACUCUGACAAAACUAAUGAAGAGGAAGAAUUGUCCUGUAGAAGAGCCCGUGGUUGGAAAAGAAAAAAAGCGCCGAAAACUGGACGAGAUCGUUCUUGGUCUUUCGGCGGCAAAAGAACAGUCCCUGUUCCCAGAAUCCUCUAAAAAACCUACAGUUACGCCAAGUGUAACCGUAACACCGACCUCAGCCCCAGUAAGCUCUUCCCAUAACAUGACACAAAAACCUUUUACAAUCACUGUUACUUCCGUUCCUUCUUCAGCUCCUUCCAGUCGUAACAGUUCCAUCCCCAAUAUCCUCCCUUCGGGUAUUUCAAGUUCAAGCACUUCUAAGGAUACUUACUCAUCAUUCCUUGCACAAGCUGAACAGCAGAACCUGUUGAUGAAAAAGCAGCAGCAGCAGCAAAGGAAAAGUUACGAAGCAAUGAUAGCAGACAUUGGAAGUUCUAAAGUAAAUUCUUACUCACAUGAAGCUAAAGUUAAUAAGUGGUUGGCAGAACAGAACGCUGCCUUAGCGGAACAGCCUCUGGGUGCCGACUAUUUAUCGCCACGACGAAGACGUCCGAGGAUAGAUCCGACCUUACUGGACUGGAAAAAGUUGACAGGUGACGAAAAUGUGUCGGUGAUUCACAGAGUGUCUGGGAAAAAACUGACAGGUCCAAAGGCUCCAACGUUGAAGCGCUUGGGUCAGUGGUUAGUGGAAAAUCCUAUGUACGACAUAGAUCCAAAGUGGGCCGAACUGGUGAAAGAGAGGGGCAAUUUAAGUCACGAUUUACAAAAACGCGUACCUGGUGGUAGUUCGAAGAAGACGACGCCCGGCCGACCGCCUUUGUUGUCAAGUCCUACCGGCUCAACGUCGAGCGUCAGUUCAGCGAAUAUAAGUACUUCGAUACCGUCAAGUUUGUCGUUCCCGACUUUAAGCAGCAGCGGUUUAAGCGGAAUCAAUUCAAAUCUGCUGUCAGGGUUGUCCGGUUUAGGUCAGUUUGACCCGAAAAAUAACCCAUUGUUGAUGCCCUUCGCCGGCUUGCCUAACAUGAACGCUCUAAGUUCUAUGGGGAGUUUGGGCAAUUUGACCAACAUGAAUUUGUUUGCCAACUUGGCCGGUUUAGGAUUGCCGGGAUUGGGUGCUAUGGACGCAGCUGGCUUAUCAGGAGAGAAAACGACGUCGAGUAAGAGUAGUAACACCAAAGCGCAAAAGCCUCAAGAAGCGCAUAGUAGUAGCAAGUCGCAGCCCUCUAGUAGCAGUUCGAUUCCAACGACAAAUCCCUUCCCUUUCUUUUUCCCAAACCCGAGUUUACUGUACACUCCUCUGGGGUUAGGAGGUUUGAAUCCGUUUACUCUGCAACCGGGAAUGUCUGCAGCGUAUGACACUCUUGCCCAACAAUGUGGUUUGUUAAAUGGCAGCUUGAACCCCGCUGCUUCGCCAAAUUCGAGUAUGAAAACUAGCAAAUCGAGUAGUUCGAGACCUAGUUCGUCUUCGACGGUGACGACAGCGACGACGUCGUCAACAUCGGGUGUUAAAUCGAUGCGAAGCAGUAGAGAAGCACAAUUGCAGCAGUUACUGCUGCCACCUGACACUCAAAUCCUAGAGACCAUAUCGAAAGCAGCGAGUUCGUUGGACGCGAAUUUGAAACAAGCCAAAGGCGAUAAGAAAGAAGACAAAAGGAAAGCUCUUGAAAGCCUGAGGGGGAUGUUACCGACAGAUUUCACGUCAUCUCCUGACAAGUACAAAGAUAAAAAAGGCAUGCCAGGACUGGCAGAUUUCACAAAACUGCUCGAAGCUCAAACGGGCACCAGUAAGAAAUCGCAGGAACAACAAAUGAAAGAAGCUAUAGAACAGUUGAGCAAAAGCAGUGCGGAACUGACGGCGAAAGCCGUUGGUGAGGACAGCAGUUCAACGAAGAGGCCGCGGGAGUCGUUAGAAUCGUCAGAAACGGCAUCGAUCGAAGAAAACCCGCCCAAGAAGAUGAAAGAGUCGCCAUCACCGCAACCCGAGAAAAGUAGUGUCAAUACAGGGAACGAACAAGAAGGAGUCGAUAUUGAAACGCUGCUGCCACCGUCGACGGUGGUGAAAACGUUGUGCGUCAACGUGGAGAAGUUGCAAGAGAAACCGAAAGAAAAGGACGAUAGUGAAGAGAAGAAGGAAGAUCCACCGUGUCCUCCGAAAGAGGAGGAAGUGAAAGAGGUGGAAGAAAAGAAGGAAGAGGCUCCGCCUCCUCCUGUCGAAGCCCCGCCCGAAAGUCCGCCGAAGAAGAGCACAAAAAGAACGCGAGGGAAGAGGAAAUCGGGGGAACUGCCGCCAAUUGAUCCGGAGGCAAUAAUCGAAAAGAAAAACUUACGUUCGAGUGCUAGUCGGUCUGCUGCUGCGGCGGCCGCGAGGGCAGCGGCGGAGCAAGCGGCUGCUAAGCAAGCCGAAGCAGAAAAUGCACAGAAACUACAAGAUAGUGAAAGUGCGUCGUAAAUAAUACCAAAUUUAUAAAGUGUAUAAAAUUACUAGUGACAAAUUGUGGGUAUUUGGUGGACUGUGAUACAAUUGAACUUGACUUCUAUAGUGACUAGGUAACGACGAUGAUGAGUAUUGCUUUGAAGUUAGUUUGAUGGAACUGAAUAAUUACGCUUCAUGAAAUAUUAUGUAUUCCCAUAUUAAUAACAAUGAAUAUUUUUAGGGUAUAAUUACACUAGUAAGCUUAAAACUUUUGAUGAAAAUUGUAAUCAAACUGUAAUAUUUUAAAUAAGUUUAAAAGAGUUAACGAAAUGAUGCAUCGGAGAGACUCGAAUGUUUUCUAAAGAAAUUUCAUGGGAAAAUUAUGGGAAAACGCUGUGAAAAUGAUAAAACGUCCCGACUAAAAAUGAAAAUUUGUUCAUAUUGCAACUGUUUCUGUAAAUUUAGUCUCGACUAUUCCCAGUCAGGAAUUUUUAUCAGCUGUUCCAGUAAAUUUCCUCAUUACUGUAUUGAUAUUUCUGACUUUAAUUUUUUUACAAUUUGUACAUACAAUAAUUUAGGGUUUUUUCAACAAAACGAUUUUUUUAAUAAUGCAGUGUGAAAAGUGUGUAAAUAAACUUUAGUGUUUUUUAUUUCUUUUCUUUUUUUUUAUUCGAUCAUAUAUGUAUGUUAAAUAGUGGUAUAAGUCUGAUCGAUAUUUAUUAUAAUUUUUACAUUGUCGUCCUGACUUACGUAUUUAUUUUUAUUAUUAUUUUUUGAAUCUGCAUUUAAGUAACUAGCAGUAAAAUGCUAGAGUUUUAGAUCUGUUUUCAUCAUAUUCAACGUGUACAAGUAUCAUAGCAUGGUAGCUCUCUCAUUUAUUGUUAUAAUGUUCAUAUAGAUAAUUAAACAAUAUAAAUGAA